UGAAAAAUCCUGUAGAAACCCUAGAUUUGUAUAUAGAUGCAAAAAUUCCCAAUGCAAAAUUCCCAACAAAGACUUAGCCAACACGUCAUUCAAUCCAACGCAUUCGCCAUUGAAGAAGCAGAAGAAGCUUCAAACAAACAAGAACAUCAUCUGCCACUGAAGCUUCCUCUUAACCGACGGUUAUUGUAAUUUAACUUCAUUUCUAACGGUUAUAAAACAAACCAAUUCAUUUUCACAACCAAAAAAAACUGGAUCUGUUCGUCGGAACAAAUCUCCGGCGAAUCACAGUCCGAUUAAAUACAUAAUCUGUCGAUUUUGUAAUCGUUUCAUCCGGUUAAUAAUGGAAGCGAUCAGGAAACAGGCGACGAAGCUUCGAGAACAGGUUGCUAGACAACAACAGGCGGUUUUCAAGCAAUUUGGUGGUGGGGGCUAUGGCGGUUCCGAUAACGUCGUCACAGAUGAGGCGGAACUUAAACUUCAUCAGAAACUUGAAAAACUCUACAUUUCUACACGUGCUGCAAAGCAUUUUCAAAGGGACAUUGUUCGUGGUGUUGAAGGGUACAUUGUUACUGGUUCCAAACAAGUUGAAAUAGGAACCAAAUUGUCUGAAGAUAGUAGAAAAUACGGCUUUGAGAAUACAUGCACUAGUGGUAGUACACUAUCUAGAGCUGCAAAAAACUUUUCAAGAGCUCGUGCCCAAAUGGAGAAAGAACGAGGAAACCUUCUUAAAUCGUUUGGGACUCAGGUGGCAGAGCCAUUAAGAGCAAUGGUGAUGGGAGUACCACUCGAAGACGCUCGGCAUCUUGCUCAACGUUAUGAUAGAAUGCGACAGGAAGCAGAAGCACAGGCCGUUGAAGUUUCUAAGAGGCAAGCAAGGGUUAGAGAAGGGGCGGGGAAUCCCGACAUGAUUAUGAAACUCGAGGCCGCAGAAUCGAAAUUACAAGAUCUGAAAUCCAACAUGGCGAUAUUGGGACGCGAAGCUGCAUCAGCAAUGGCUGCUGUUGAAGCUCAACAACAAAAAAUGACGCUACAGAGGUUAAUUUCCAUGAUCGAAUCAGAACGUGCCUACCACCAAAAGGUUCUUGAGAUUUUGGAUCAUCUUGAAGGCGAGAUGGUUUCCGAGAGAGAAAGAAUCGAAGCAGCUCCUCCUACUGCACCAGUGGAAACGCCUCCCCCUCCGUCAUAUGAAGAAGUAAAUAAUGCCUUUACUUCUCCGAUGCCAAACGGGUCAAAUGAUGAGGUGGACUACUUUUUAGGAGAGGCGAUGUACACAUUUCGGGCCGAGUCUGAUUCGGAGCUCGGUUUGUCUACCGGUGAUUAUGUCGUUGUUAGAAAGGUUUCUAAUAAUGGCUGGGCUGAAGGUGAAUGCAAAGGGAAGGCGGGUUGGUUUCCGUUGGGGUACAUUGAAAGACGAGAACGUGUGCUUGCUAGCAAGGUAACAAACAUCUUUUAGCGUAAACGUCUUUUUGGCGCCAAGAAAAUCUUCAACAAAAUUCAAAAAUGUUGCUCGUACACGUUUUUGGUCUUCGACAUAACAAAGUAAAGAAAAACGAACUGAGACGCAUAUGCCUGCGCUUGUUUUGACUGUUAAGUUUCUGUUAUUAUACAACAUUCCUUUUCCCUGAUGUACAUUAUCUCGUUUUUCAUAUUUCUCCGGUUUUGCGAUGAAAAAAAAAUCUUACAAGUCAAGUCUUGACUAGCAAUCGCUUAGUGAUUAAAGAAAAAGAAUUACAUCGAGAAUAAUGAAUAUGCUGGUUUCAUAUUCAUACAAUCAAUUCUUUGUUGAUCUAUUAUUUGUUUUGAUCA